GACGAGACAGAGUGAAAGCUGGCGGUACUCAACAGUGAGAUGGCUCAUCAGAAUCGGCAGCGUGGGUAACGGAUGCAAGUUGCCGGCGGACAGUGCAUUAUUCGCCGAUCAAGUCACAUCGUCACUGUCAAUCGCAAUGGCGACAGCGCGUGCUAGUGGAACAACCUCUAGUGACGACACAUCGAAAGAUGUUAGUGCUCUUAAACAGUAUGAUAACACGGAAGGUCACUUCUCCAUGGUCCGCAAUUUCCGCCUGGCUGACCUUGUCACCGUCAUGAAUGGCUUUUGCGGGUCCUUAUCUAUCUUUUCGUCCGCGCGAUACCUCCUCACAAAUGAUACUCGUUACCUUUGGCAUGCACAUGCGUUUCCUCUUGCUGGACUCAUGUUCGACUUUUUUGACGGAAAGGUGGCGCGAUGGAGGAAUAGCUCUAGCCUUUUGGGUCAAGAGUUGGAUAGCUUGGCGGAUUUAAUAUCCUUCGGUGUAGCACCAUCCGUGCUCGCAUUCACAAUUGGUUUCCGAACCUUCCUCGAUACGAUAGUACUCACAGGGUUCAUCUGCAGUGGACUUGCGCGUCUUGCGAGAUUCAAUGCUACGGUUGCUCUUGUACCCAAAGAUGCCACUGGCAAGUCCCAAUACUUCGAAGGCUUGCCCAUUCCCACCAGUCUUGGACUUGUAUUCUUCAUGGCGUACAUGACGAAAAAAGGAUGGAUAGAAGGGGAGAAAGGCUUGCCUUUGGGCACUAUCACUCUCUGGGGGACUUCAGGGGAGGGCGGUGAAAUUCAUGCGCUGAGCUUGAUCUUUGUCGCUUGGGGGGCGGCUAUGGUCAGCAAAACCCUCCGUAUCCCAAAGCUUUGAAACAGUGAACGAUUUCGGGCAUGGAUGGUUAUGGUAAUCUUGACACCCGUGGCAUUGCAUUUACGGACACCUUCAGCACAGAUUCCAAUACCCAGUGUAUCUUAAGUAAUGGGAGAAACUCGUAGGAUUCAAACAAAAUCAUGACCAAAAUUUGGAAGGCAGUUAUGUGUUCAUGGGGAAACAUGAUUUUUGGGUAUAUUUACUGCAUGCUCAGCUAUAUACCCCUGACAUC